AUGGCUACCCUUCUCGUCCCGAGCGGUCAGCCUACCCAUCCCGCGUGCGAUCUGUGCUAUGCCCGGAAGAUCAAAUGCGACAGAAAUGAUCCUUGUGGCAAUUGCGUCGACUCCAAAGCAAGCUGUCUGAGGACCCGCCCCAAGCGCGUCGGAAGGCCGCGCCACUCUGCACCCGCCGGAGCGGAUGGCAAGACAGAUUCCAUCAUCACCCGCUUGUCUCGCCUGGAGACCUCCGUUACCCGUUUGGCCGCUUCCCUGUCAAAGGAAAAGGACGCCGGGGAAGACGCCGACGCUGCUUCCCCCGCUGAUCCAAAUGACGGCGCCGCUGUGAAAGACGCUGCAGCUUCACGAAGUCAUGCCGGCUCCAGUCCAGGUCAAGAGUCGACAGCCCGUUCCGCCAAAAGGGUGAGGCUGGAGAGCCCCGCUGCUUCGCCCCCUCCAGAAACCGGUCCCAGACCAGAAGCGGGUGGAGAAGCCGAGUCCGUUACCCGUCCUGCCUCCAAAGCCACCGAGCAUGAUUUCGUCGUGGCCACAGAGCUCGAAGCUCAAAGUUUCAUCCAGGGUGAGCUUGCAGACGCCUCGACAUCCAUCGGUGUUGACCGACGCUCCGUCCUGGAGGCUGCUCUGGACUUCAUCGGCGAGAUGGAGCACCCUCCAGUCAAGCGCCGCGUCAUGGACACUGGUCAAUGUGCCGUGGAAAUAUCCGACUGUCUGGUUUCACCAGCCCCUGAGUUCUUCCACAUGAUCCUUUCAGAGUCCCAACGCAUGUAUCCAGCCGCGUAUGACUUGGAGUUCUCGACGUAUAUCUCACGAGAUACCUUGGAGCGUAUGGCUCUAGCCUUGUACAACAGAAGCGCGGAUGAACAGACACUGCUUCAAUAUGCCGUCUGUGUGAACGCCUGCGCCGGAACCUUCCUGUCGCACCUCCCGGAAUACGGAGAAAGCACCGACAUGCAGCGCGCUCUUGAAAAAUCCAAGGAUGACUAUCUGAGAAGAGCUUUGAAUGCCAUGAACUACAUUGGUAUCCUAGCGACCCCGUCGCUUGCUCUGCUGCAAGCGCUUUUGAUGGGCACUACCUUGUUUCAAAAACUGGGUGAUACGUCCAAGUGUUGGAUGUUGGCCUCGAACGCAUGUCGGGUUUGUAUUGCUCUCGGACUGCAUCACAGCCAGCCUCGCGCCCCGCCAAACGACCAGCUUUCAUCAGAGGAUAAAGAACUCCGGGCGUGUUUCUUGUGGAGCUACAUCUUUGACAAGGGCCUGGCAAUGAGUCUUGGCCGACCUGUUUGCAUGCCCAUCUGGGAUGUUCCCGAGGACAUCAUUGCACCCAUUGACCCACAACACCCAUUCUCCGCAUUUGUACAGGUACUGUUCAGGUUUGCAAAGGUUCAGGCCACCAUUGUAUGUGAUUUGCAUUUUCAACCGGCCCAAGGCUACUCGCCGCAACGAAAAGAAGCCGCCAUCAGCUCGCUGAAGCGGCAUAUGGACUGCAUUCAGAACCAAGUAGUCGAAAUUCGAGCCUCCCCCCCGCACUCCUCGGAUGCCUUUUUGAUGAGCGAAUGGAUCUCGCUUGACUUCGUCUAUCAUUCGAUCAUGACGGUGAUUCUUCGCUUCGACACUGGCGUCACAAUAGACCCCAUCAAACGCGAAGAGUGUCUUGACCACGCUCGGAGAGCUUUCGUUGCCCUUCGAAACCUCAAAACCCACAUUACAACGUGCAUGAACGGCAAGACCUUUGCCUCCUUCUUACCCUGGACCGUCCUGUACUAUCCUCUUCGCCCGUAUUUUGUCCUGUUCUGCAAUGUUGUCGCUACCUCUCAUGCAGGUGACUUUGCACUGAUGAAAGAGUUCACCGACAUCCUUAUGGAGCUUCCGAACCUUAACUCAUCUGCACAGCGUCUCCAGAAGCUUUGUGCCACACUCGUCGGUCUAUGUACCCCACUUGUUCAACACACACAAGAGCAACAAAACUCAGCCCGAACCAACACCCGCUCCAACAAGAAAACCGGUGGCAAUGUAAUUUCCGACCUCGAGAAGUCGCAGCAGAUGCUGCACAACGGCAUGAUCGGUGACGGUGGAAUAUCGGUAGAUGGGAUAGGCACUGAUUCCGGGACAUCGAUCGGCUCGUGGUUCCAACACAGUAUGCUGAAUGGUGACGCAGCAGCCGGAGGAGUCGGAUCCCCGGGUCCACAUGAUAUCAACGCUUCCGGGCGCAUGAGCUCAAGUGAGGAGAUGCUGAACGCCUUGUUCGACGUUCAACCGAGUCUAGAUUGGCUGGGGAGUGACGUAUUUGGGCAGGGGACGAACUGGACGGACUUUGAUGGCGGGUUCAGCAUGAAUUGA